GUGGAGCGUAGGCGCGUGGACCCAUUGGGUUUUCCAGUUCAACUUUAAACGCCCAAGUAAAUACCAUAGAUAACUCGUCAUGAAGUUGGUCACUGUGUUCCUGCUGGUGACCGUCAGCAUUUGCAGUUACUCUGCCACUGCCUUCCUCAUCAACAGGGUACCAAACCCUGUCAGCGAUGUCUUACCUUCACCUCUGGAAAUUCUGUCCAUCCUGGAUCCAUUAAAGCGUCUUCUGAAAUCUCUGGGCAUUUCUGUUGAGCACCUUGUGGCAGGGCUCAAGAAAUGUGUGGAUGAGCUGGGCCCAGAGGCCUCCGAGGCUGUGAAGAAACUGCUGACUGCCCUCAGGAGGCCCUAUCACAUUUGGUGUGACGGCAGGAUACAGCAGGAGUGACAGAGGAAGGAGGGGGACCGUCUCCUCCUCCCUGGCUGAAACUCAGUCCAUCCUAAAAUGCCGUGGCCCCUGAAAAGAAGGAAUAAAGCAACACAUAGAUUUC